AUGGUACAAAUUAUCGUAUGUCGGUCACAUGCUACUAUGGGAUGAUCAGGAGCAUUCGAAGUUUUGAUUGUGGAUGUCACAAUUCGUGAUGAUCAUACUCAUGAUGAUGGACCUAAGUUCUCCUGAUACGAGGGCCAAUAGAAGAGCGGCGUUCCCAAGCCGUAUUAUCAUGGUUUGGGUGAUGGCGUGACUACCUUGACUGAACAACGGUUACCUCACCUCAUUUGGUUCUCUUUCGCCCAUCUGCCCACAUUCUUUGCUUUGUAAAGUCCAUCUCAUUUCCCUCCUUCAUGAACAACUUCUUUAUCUCCCUCCUCUUGCCGAUAUCGCUCUCUUUCGCAGCUGGUACCAAUCGUACUAUAGACGAUGGUCUCGGAGACGUCGUCACUGGUUUGCAAGUCGAGUACCUGCCAUUGUAUAGCCCUAAUAAUACGGCGGAGCCAUUUUGGAAGCACGAAGACCAAUGCGACGGUUGUGCAAUCAUGCCAGAUGUGACUAAAGCCUUUGACGGAACGUGGACUGCGACGACUUAUGUCCCUGCAAUAGAGUACAUGUCGGCCGGGCUUCGCUUCAAUGGAACGGCGAUAUAUAUCUACCUCAUCCUCUCGAACUAUCCCGCCAAUACGAGUCUCGUUAGCCGGACUGUCUGUGACUUCAGGCUUGAUGGGAGCGUUGUCGGGGCAUUCGACCACGAGAUGGACGGGACGAGCAACUUUGAGUACAACACCCUUGCGUAUAGCAAUGAGUCUCUCAGUGAUGAAGAGCAUAUAUUUCUUAUUGAGACCACGGGUUCAGAGUCCUCAUAUGUCGUAUUCGACUACGCUAUUUAUACGUCAGUAGUCUCCGAGAACACAACUUUCAACCUGUUCCUGACAUUGAGAAUAGCUCCAACGACGAUUCUCAAUAUUCCUCUCAUUCUAGAGCGCUCUCCAGUCAUGCAGUCGCAGGCAUCGUCCUUGGCGUGCUAGUAUUCGCGGUAUCUAUCACCUGUGGAGCGUACUUCCUCUACCGCCGCUGCCGUCCACGCAGUUUAAAUAACACUGAAAGAAGUA